CAGGAAGAAUGCAGAACUGUGAAGGUGGACACGGGAGCUGCCGAAGCGUCCGUCAGCUGGAGCAGCUGCCGGUGAAACAACUUUCACGAAGAGCGAUUGUAUUCCUGGGUCAACAGCUUAUCCAUCAACGCCAGUGCUCCAGAUUACACAGCGGGGGAGCAAAUAGACGAAGCGCUCGAGCUCGUUCGAGUGUCUCCUUGCUGAGUCGCCGUCGAGCUCUACAGCUUGCUUUCACGCACAGACUAUGGGAAGCAAGAACCGUCAGCCACUGUACCAAGAUGUAAAUGGCAUCCGUCUUCCACAUGGCUUUGACCCUGCCAAGCUGCUAUCCUGCUUGAAGUACGAGGCUUCCGCUGGUGACGUGUUCAUCGACACUUUCCCGAAAUGUGGCACAAACUGGACAAAGCGUAUUGUCCAACUUCUUGUCGGUGAGAACUCCAGUCAGGAGAGUGACUAUGGUCUGUCCACCUCCUUCUUCGAGAUGGUUGGCCAGGACACCAUAGCUGCUUUACCAGAGCCUAGGAUAAUCACUUCUCACCUUGCUUACGAGCUGCUUCCAAAGCAUGCGCAGGCGAGGUACAUAUAUGUUGUGAGGAACCCCAAAGACUGCUGCGUUUCCUACUUCCACCACACAAAGAAGACAAAACUUUACAACUUUGAGGAUGGCACCUUCGAUGAGUACUUGCAGCUCUUCAUUGACGGUGCGACAAGUUUCGGGGACUACUUUGCUCACCUUGUCUCCUGGUAUCCGCAUGUUAAUGAACCGAACGUCCUCUUCCUAACCUAUGAGAGCAUGAAGAAGGACCCUGCAGCUGCUGUACUCAAGAUUGCCAAGUUUAUCGAUGUUGAAGACCCCGAGCUACUCUGCGUUGACUCGAAAAAAUUUCAGGAAGUAGUUGAAAACAGCAGCGUUGAUUGCAUGAAGGAAUACCUGAACACUAAUUACAAGAAGGCUCUCGGGAACCAGGAUCCGGAAAAUUGGACUGCCAAAAAGGACUACCCGUUGAGCAGGCCACCGCCACCUCCUGAAGUGAUGGUACGUAAGGGUAUAAUUGGUGACUGGAAGAAUUACUUUAACAAGGAACAGUCACGUGCCAUUGAAAAAGCUUUUGUACAGAAGUGUGGUCACGUCGUGGACCAUACAAAGCUCUGGGAUCCAGAAGAUUGGAUGGAAGGAGCUUGACACUCCUGCAAAA